AACCCUUUUAAUGACUCCUAUAAAUAUUCUCUGCAUCCUCCCCUGUUCUUCACAACCAUCUCCAUUUAUUUUACUUGUCUCUCUCUCUCUCUCUCUCAUUGAAGCACUCAGCUUUGUUUUUCUUUUGUUAAGGCAGCGUUGACGUAGAAAGAAAAAUCCAUGGUCUUUCAAAUGGUGAUUCUCAAGCUAGCAGAGUGGGUCUUGUACCAGCUCUUAGCUAACUCAUGUUACAGGGCUGCUAGGAAGAUGAUAAGUUAUGGUUUCUCAUUCAAGAAUCCAUCUCUGAAAUCAUCACAGCAACAAGUUCACUUGUUUCCUAAUGUGGACAAGUGCGGUUUGGAGAAUAGAGGGUCUGAUACGUUGGUGUGUGAUAUACAGGGAACCUUGUUAAGAACCCGUUCUUUCUUCCCUUAUUUCAUGCUGAUUGCUUUCGAAGGUGGUAGCAUUUUUAGAGCAUUUUUGCUGUUGCUGUCGUGUCCCGUUUUGUGGGUUUUGGACUUUGAGCUCCAGUUAAGGGUCAUGAUCUUCAUCACCUUCUGUGGGCUCAAGAAAAGAGAUAUUGAGAGUGUUGGUAGGACAGUUUUACCUAAGUUUUAUCUUGAGAAUAUUCAUCUUCAGGCUUAUGAGUUGUUGGCUUCAACAGGGUCUAGGAUUGUUUUUACAAGCGUCCCUAGGGUGAUGGUUGAAGGAUUUCUUAAGGAAUAUUUGAGCGUUAAUGAAGUGAUGGGUACUGAGUUGCACACUGUUGGAAAUUACUUCACUGGUUUGUUGUCUAAUUCAGGUUUGCUAGUAAAGCACAGAGCUCUCAAGGAUUAUUUUGGAGAAAAAAUGCCUGAGAUAGGCCUUGGAAGUUCAAGCCUCCGUGACCAUCUCUUCAUCUCUCUUUGCAAGGAAGCUUAUGUGGUAAACAAAGAAGAAAACAAGGAUAGCGGGAGUAGUUCAGUAAUGACAAGGGACAAAUACCCAAAGCCACUUAUAUUUCAUGAUGGAAGGCUAGCUUUCUUGCCCACACCACUAGCAACUCUAUCAAUGUUUAUGUGGAUCCCCCUCGGAAUAAUUCUUGCUAUCUUCAGGCUCUUUGUUGGUAUUUGCCUUCCUUACAAAUUAGCUUUAUUUCUGGGCAUUCAGAGUGGUGUGGAGCUGAGGGUAAAAGGGUCUGCUACAACAAGUUCAGGCCAUAAAAGGGGUGUCCUGUACGUUUGCACCCAUAGAACACUGUUAGACCCAGUUUUUCUGAGCACAUCUUUAGGCAAGCCUUUGACUGCAGUGACAUAUAGCCUGAGCAAAAUGUCUGAAAUAAUAGCACCAAUUAAAACAGUGAGGUUAACUAGACAGAGAAAACGAGAUGGGGAGACCAUGCAAAGAUUGCUAAGUGAAGGUGACUUGGUGGUGUGUCCUGAAGGGACCACCUGUAGAGAGCCAUAUUUACUGAGAUUUAGUUCACUGUUUGCAGAGUUGGCAGAUGACAUAGUCCCUGUAGCCGUUAAUACUCGAGUGAGUAUGUUCUAUGGGACAACUGCGAGUGGAUUAAAAUGCUUGGAUCCAGUUUUCUUCUUGAUGAACCCUAGACCAAGCUACCACAUUCACAUCCUUGACAAGUUACCAAGAGAGCUCACACGUGCUGGGGGAAGAUCUAGCUGUGAGGUGGCAAACUAUAUCCAAAAACAACUGGCUGAUACUCUGGGUUUUGAGUGCACUACUCUUACAAGGAAGGACAAGUACAUGAUGCUAGCUGGAAACGAAGGAGUUGUGCAGGAUAAUAAUACUAGGAAACCCGCCUAGAUGUUUGUGUAUAUUUUUUUUCUAUAUUAAUUAUUAAUGAAUCGGCUUUCUAUCUUUUCUUUUUCGUUUUA